AUGUUUGUUUUUAGACAAAAAAUGGACAAUGCACGUGAUGCACUAAUUGAGUCGUGGCUGGCUGAAGUUGAUGUCAGGAAUGAUGUUUAUGAAGCUGAAUCGAGCUCCAACGAAGAAGUUGAUAAUUUAGAAGAGGAAGAUCAUCAUCAAUCGGAAUCUGAGCAAGAGCAAGACAUACCAGGUGAGGGAUCUGACGAAAGUUCUGAAGAAGAUAAUCCACCUCAGCAACGCCGCCGACGCACGGACUUUUACAGGGAAGUAGAUGAUACAUUAUGGUCGAAAACAGUUCACCUAUACAUAUAG